AUGCCACCAACGACCGCGGCCAGAACCUGCAAUCUCAACCAGGAUGAGAAAAACAGGUGCCCUACCAACGACGCCCAGAACCUGCAACAGUGCUUGCAACGGACAGAACUAAAGUUGCCGACUAACGUCGUCAGAAAAACGCUGCCAAUUGCUCAAACAGAGAUCAAAAACAGGGCCACCAACGACACGCAGAACCUGCAGAUCUCAAACAGAUGCAGAACAACAGUGGCUACCAACGUGACACCAGGCAGACCUGCCAAAUCUCAACAGAGAAAACAAACAGUUGCCACCAAGCGACGCCAGCAACUGCAUAUACUUGCAACAGAAAGGAGGACAGUGCCAUUAACGACACCAGAACCUCGCCCUGCAAAUUGCUCAACAGAGAAAAAUCAAACAGGUGGCGUUUUAAUCGACGGCCAGAACCUGCAAAUUAUCAACAGAGAAGACUCAACAGUUAGCCACCAACGACGCCAGAACCUGCAAUCUUCAAAACCAGAGAAGCCAACAGUAGCCACCAAACGACGCGCAAGAACCUGCAAUUCCAACAGUGAGACUCAAUUUAGUGCCACCGACGAACGCCAGAACCCUGCAAUCUCAACAGAGACAACAAGAGAACAACAGGCAGCCAACGACACGCAGGAAACUGAAUCCGUCAAGCAGAGAGAACAACCAGUGCCACCAACGACAACUGAACUUGCAAUCUCAAUUGAGACAAACAGUGCCAACCAACGACGCCAGAACGCUUGCCAAUCGUCAACAGAGAAACAGUGCCGACCAACGACACCAGAACCUGCAAUUCUCAACAGACGACAAACAAGCAGAAGCACGAACCAGUGCACCGACGGACGCCAGAACCUGGCAAUCGUGCAUCAGAAGAAUCAGUGCCUCACAACUCGAUGGAUACCAGAAACUGCAAUGACUCUAGACCAUGAUAGAGAACAACAGCUGCACCACACGACGCCAGAACCUGCCAAUCUCCACAGAGAGAACCAGGUGCCACGCCAAGACACCAGACCUGCUCCAUCUCAACAGAGAGAUGACAACAGUGCCACCAACCCGAAGCCGACAGAACCUAGACAACAGUGUGAACCUGGAUCCCAAACAAGACACAGAACACUGCAAUCUCAAACAGAGAGGCAGAACACACGUGCCACCAACGGACACCAGAAAACUGCAAUCUCAACAGAGAGAACAACAGUGCACAACGACACGUCCAACAGAAAACCUGCAAUCUCUCAACAGGAGACAAAAACUCAGUGCCACCAAACGACACCAGAAAACUGCAACUUCUCUCACAACAGAGACGAAUCAACAGUGCCACCAACGACACAAGAAACUGCAUCUUCAAUCACGCAGGAUGAAACAAGCAGUUGCCCAAACGGACGCCUCCAGAACCUCGUGCCAAUCUGUCAAACAGAGCACAACAGUGGCCACCAACGACGCCAGCAACUGCAGGAUCUCAACAUGAAGACAAUCAUAGUGCCCACCAAUACGCCAGAACCUGCAAUCUCAACAGAGGACAACAGUGCCACCGACGGACGCCAACCCCAGAAACCUGCAAUCUCAACAGAGACAACAGUGCCAUGCCACCAACGACACCAGAAACUAGAGAAACAGUGCACCAACGACACCAGAAACCUCGAUCUCAACAGGGACUCAACAGUGCCACCAACGCGACACCAGAACUGCAAUCUCAACAAAGAGAGAACAACAGUGCACCAACGACACCAGAAACUGCAAUCUAAACAGAGAGAACAACAGCACCCAAACGACGCCAGGAACCUGCGAUCUCAAACAGAGACAACUAGUGCCACCAAACGACGCAGAACCAGCAACGUCGACCGACAGAACACCCCCACCGACACACUCAGGGACCGACUAGUUCAGCAGAGGGACCGACUCGUCGACAACGCAGCAGAACCCCGACACCUCGUCAAAACUCUCCAGCUGAAAGA